AUGUAUAAACUUAUAGAUCCACAAAAUAAUAAGAUAGAUUGUAAAUAUAACAAGGAGUUGGGAGUGUUGGAGAAGGAGUUGGCUCAGUUUAAGAAGGGCGCGAUGUUCCUGUGCAAGGGUGAGGCGGAGUUGCCAAUGCCAAGGAUCGAGGUGAAGGAUGUUGGUGUGCUCUCAUACCCAGUGAGACAGGAUCAGUUGCAAAGUAUGAUUGAACGAGCAACACGUGCACCAUUUGGUAAAGGAACAGAGACAAUCACAGACCUCAAUGUGAGACGUGUCUGGCAGAUACAGAACACAGACAUCAACAUCACUGGUGAUUACUUUGAAACCUACUUCAACACCAUCACCAACAGCAUCAAGGAAUCAUUGGGUCUGACCAAAGAGGUGGUGACAGCCGAGUUGUACAAGUUGUUGGUCUAUGACAAAGGCAGCUUCUUCCUGCCACAUCGUGACUCUGAGAAGGCUGACAAAAUGUUUGGAACACUCGUGUUGUCAUUGCCAUGUCCACAUCGAGGUGGUGACCUUGUUGUCAAUCAUUCAGGUCGUGAUGAAGUGGUAUCAUUGGAGAAUGACUCAAUGUCAGCAAUCAAAUGGACAGCAUUCUUUGCUGACUGUCAACAUGAAGUCAAACCAGUCACUGAAGGAAAUCGAGUGUGUCUCGUUUACAACCUGCUGAGAUCAGGUGGCACCAAAGUGGACAUCAAUACAGAACCAGAACCAAUCACUCAAGCACUCAAUCAAGUGUUUGGUCGUGUCGAUGAGUCCAAUCUCAAGCGCAAAGAUGUUGAAGAGAGCGAGGAGCGAGAUGGAGAUACCGAGGACAAAGUCAUCAAGAUGGCCAAGACAUCAACAACUACAAGCAAGACUACCAGAGUUGAUAAUGAGGAUGGAGAUGAUGAUGACAAAGACCAGGAGGCAGAAGAAGUCUUUAUCCCUGAGAAAUUGGUUUAUACGCUUGAACACGUGUACUCAAAGUCCAACUUCACUUUGGAGUCACUCAAAGGUUGUGAUGCAACACUGGCGCGAACAUUGCAAGCCUUUGCCGAGGAGUGCCAAAUCAAACUCGGUCUGGCAUUCAUAUAUGUUACAGAAACUGGAGGUUGCGAAGAUGGUGGAUAUCUUGAUCCAGACUCGACCAAAUUCAGAUUGAUGAAUGUAAAGGACUUGGUGACUGGGGCCAUGCUGGAGGAGACAAUGCCUCUAGACACCAGAGAGAUCAUGCCUAAUGGAUGUCUGGACAAGAUAAAACCAUACUCUGAGGAGGCCCAUGAGGCAACAGGCAAUGAAGGUGCAUCAUACGAGAGACAGUAUAGACAAUCAGCCAUUGUGAUAUGGAGUACAGAAUCAAUGGGCAAGUUCACGAUGGUACUCUCAAAGGAGGUCGCGUUCAAAAUACUCGAGAAGGAGUUGUCCAAACUUGGAAAUGUGGAUGCCAACCCUUUGGCGACACACGACCUGUUCAUUCAAAUGACCAAGUCAUUGUUCAGAUUGAAACCAACAUCAGAGUUUGUCACCAAGAUGCUUGGACUGCUAUGCUCAAUCAAGUCUGAUCAAUACCUUCCCAAGAUGAUGUUGGCCAUGCUCGAGACCACUGGAAGCCUCUAUCAAACUGGAAUGCAUCAGGAUGCAUUCUUUGAACUGUUGCUCCAACGGUCUUCAAUGAAUCAAGAGAACAUUGACAGUGUGAUGUCAUCAUUCUUUGCAGUUGUCCCAGUAAGAGCUGCACUUGACAUGAUGAUCAAGCUAUUAGAUGUUAUCAGUUAUACACCUGACACACUCGAUCAUAUUGCUGGAGCCACAUUGCUCCCCAAGUUGGCCAAUCAGAUCAUCAACAGACUGGAUGCAGUGGAACUGUGCGAAAUUAUGAUCAGCACCGUCCAACAACAAAAGGUGUUUGAUGGACAACGACAACAACUACUGGACAAGUUGGUAUCGGUCGCUCAAGAACUCCUCAUGCCCAAGAGUGAUGAAAUGAGAUGGUCUGAUUAUUUCUCCAAACAUUGGUCUCGCUUCCACAAAGACCUCAAACAACCAACUGUGACAUUCGACACGAUCAUUUCAAAGAUUGAGAGUCUGGAAUCAUCACUGGGUGAUGGCAAUGCGCCAAUCUAUGUCACCGACUCAUUUCUUUGCCAAAUGUACACACAGGCAUUCAAGGUUGCUACUAAAGGAAGCAAUCUUGACUACAUUCUGCCAGUCCAACCAAACAUUGAACGACUCAAUGCUGCGCACCCCUCUUGGGUAGCCAACAACCCCUCCUACGAUGAGAUGCUCAAGAUGAUGAUCGACUACAGGUACGAUUCCAAAGAUGGUGACCACAAUCAAACGGCCAACAAACUUUAUGCAUUAUGGAGGUUGGUGCAUGCCCAUCCAGGAACACUCAUAUUCGACUAUGUCACCAACAUAGAUGGCUUAAAACCGAGGGAUCAUUACUACAACCAUGCCAAAGACAUCCCUAUCGACGCACUUGUAUUAUUGUUGGGACUCCUGCACACUGAGUUUGGAAACUCUCCCCAUUACACCACUCUUUGGGAUAAUGUUACCAAGACACUCAAAAGCAGGAUAGUGAUCAGGCACGAUGCAGACCCCAAUUUCAAAGUCUACAUAAAUUGUACAUGCGACACCUGCCAAGACCUGGUCAGCUUCCUCCAAUCCAAACAUGUAUUCACGAAGAUUUCUGUCUACACAGAUAGAAUGGAUCAUUUCCUAAAGGAGGCAGCAAACUUCAAGCUUGAGGUUAGCAAGGGUUACUUUAAUACUUUAGAGUUAAAAAAGACCAGCGGAUUCUAUGAGGUCAAGUUGGACCACCACAAUGCCGAUAUCAAUAGGUGUCACUGUCUCUUCCAAUUGAGGCCCCCAAACAGAGAUGAGGUACUCAGAGAUGUCAUCUGCUUGAAACCUGCACCAGAAGUCUAUCCACACACCUUGGCAAAGGUAAUCACACCCAUCACACCAACCCUACGACUCAGACGAUGA